AUUCUCAUUCUCAACUAAUAUCGAAAAUUCUCUCUAAGCCGAACGAAGAUAAGAUAAACAAAACAUACCAUUGAAGAAAACAAACCGCCAAGAUAGUCGAGUCAAGGCAUCGAACGGUUUCGACAAUUGUAGCAUCUGGCUCGAACCAAGCGUGAAAGCAACCAGGAACAUUCAAUACCCUACUCCCAAUCUAAAAGCAUUACCCCUUGUGACGAAACCCAAAUUUCAAAUUCAUUGCAAUUCAUAAACACAACACGAACGAUUCUCUUCGUUCAGUGUUCGAACGUGCUCGAAUCCAUCAACACCGAACCAAUCGUUCACGAUGGAAGCGUUCCUCCUGAUAACCUCCCUGUUGGGAGCCCUAGUUCUCCUGUACCGGUACGCCACCGCUUUCGCCGAUUACUUUGACCGGCGAGGUAUCCGGUACCGGAAGCCGACCUUCCUGUUGGGCAAUUUCGGCCCAAUACUGUUCCAGCGGGCCACCCCGGUUGCGAACCUGACCGAACUGUACCGGGAGUUCGAAAGCGAGAAAGUGUACGGAUUCUACGAAUUCCGAAGGCCGACGAUUAUACUGCGCGAUUUGCGGGUUGUGAAGCAGGUGUUCAUUAAGGAUUUCGAUCACUUUACGAACCAUAUGGCGCCGGUUGAUGAGAAGAUGGAUUCGAUUCUGGGUAAUGGGUUGAUUUCGCUGCAGGGCGGGAAGUGGCGGGAAAUGAGAGCGAUGUUGAGUCCAAUGUUUACCGGGAAUAAGAUACGGGUGAUGGUGCCACUGGUGGGGAAGUGCGCGGAAGAUCUGUGUCGGUUUGUGGAAAAGGAGAGGGAAGAUGUGGAAUGGGAUGUGAGAGAGCUGCUGGCGAAGUGUCUGGUGGAAGUGAUUGGAUCGUGUGCGUUCGGGAUCGAGGUGGAUUCGUUCAACGAUCCGGAAAACGAGUUCGACCGGGCGGCGAAGUAUCUGAUGAGUCAGUCGGAUAUCAGGAAGGUGGCGAGGUUUCUGUUGGUAAUGGUGCUGCCGAAGAUUUGCAAAGCUUUUGGGAUGGAACUGUUCGAUGAGAAGUACAAGAGGUUGUUCCGUAGAUUGGUAAGUGAAACGAUGUUGAACCGGGAGAAAGACGGGAUCAGUCGACCGGAUUUAAUUCAGUUGCUAUUGUUGGCCCGACGCGGAAAACUGGAAGAUGACAAGGAUAUAACGGAAGAAUCGUAUGCAGCGGCGGAGGACCACUACAACGCUGAGACUGGUACGGGGAGAAGAACUUGGAGUGACGACGAGUUGACAGCCCAGGCCGUGAUAUUCUUCGCAGCAGGUUUUGAUACCACAUCGACGCUUCUCAGCUUUACACUGAUGGAGCUUGCCCUGCACCCGGAGAUUCAGGAGCGGUUAUUCGAGGAAAUCAAUACGUUAGAUCGUCCAUACUCAGAAAUUACUUACGAACAAAUUCAAAGCCUUGAAUACCUGGAUGCAGUGAUAUCAGAAUCGUUGAGGAAGUGGCCUCCGCUACCCGCAACAGAUCGAAAAUGUACGAAGGACUACACCAUGACCAAUCCAGAUGACGGCAGUCCCAUGUUUUCAAUAGAACAAGACUACUCGGUGUGGGUUCCAAUUUACUGCUUUCACCAUGAUCCACAGUAUUUCCCAAACCCAGAAAUGUUCAACCCCGACCGGUUCGAUCGCAACACUCGCCAACAAAUUACUCAAGCAGCCUACAUGCCAUUUGGUGUCGGACCUCGUAACUGUAUUGGAUCUCGCUUCGCGUUGAUGUCUGCCAAGAUGAUACUUUUCCGGCUGCUACGCAGCUUCCGCGUGGAAGUCUGCCCGAAAACCGAUACGACGCUACAGCUGUCCAAGACGAAGAUGAACAUGACGUUGGAGAAAGGUCACUGGGUUUACUUGAAACGAAGAGCUUGAGCUUUAACGAUUUUAAUAAACGAUUUAUUUACUACUUA